AAAAGCUUCUUUGUUACCACUCAUUCUUUCCCCAGUAAAUGCCAUGUCUGCCUCGGGCCAGCAGUAAUUUGAUUAAUUCACCAAACGUAGCCAGACGUGUGAAUCCUGCAGGGAGAGCGCUGAACAGCUAUUGAAGAGAUGGAGAUUUUUGUCUUUCUAUUCUCAUUUUCCGCCCUUGGCAUCCUCUAUGCCAUGAACACCAUCUCUGAGCUUCAAGAGCCUUAUGUGAUUCUGGAGAUUGGUGUUGCUGUGCUGGUGAUUGUGUUUCUGUUCUACUUCCUCAUCACUCGUGGCAACGCACCUAAAGACUUCUUAUUCUUUGUUUUUGCUGAGUUUUCUUUCACAUGUAUCAUUGACCUGACAAGUGCUCUGGAAUAUGAUGGCAUUAUUUCUGGCUUUAUGGAGUUUUACCAGAAGACGGGAGAGCCCUAUCUGGGAACGUCGUAUGGCAUCAUGAUGUGUUACUGGGAUGGAAUAGCACACUUUAUCAUGUACCUGAUGAUGAUCAGCAGAAUAACAGACAGGAAAGCCUACCGCACUCUGGGCCUGUUCUGGGCUGGCUCUUUGUGUGCCAACAUGAGUGUGUUUAUUGUCGGGAUAGUGGCAGGUAAAUAUGGGUCAGAGAUCCAUCCAGCCUUCUGGCUCAAUUUUCUCUUUCUUUUGAUGCCUGUGUUGGGAGCAAUCGUUCUAUUCACUCGGGCAAAAGAUAGACCGCUUAUUGGUGGAUACAAUGCCCAGCAUGCUCAGAGCCUGAAGCUGAUCUGGCGUCCUUUGGACAUCAUUCUGCUGGUUCUCCUGGUAGCUGCCAUGGCCUUCACCAUCCUGAGAGGCUUGGUGGCUCUGGACUCUCCACUUGAAGCCUGUUCCAUAUACCUGAAGCAGUAUGAACCUUACCUGAAGGAUCCUGUGGGCUACCCUAGAGUUAUGAUGCUGCACCUGUUCUUUUAUGCACUACCCUUGCUGGGUGCUUUUGUUUAUGGUCUCCUCAAGCCUGGGUGCACAUGGAUGCCGGACUGGACCAUCUUUCUUGCCGGAGCUAUGAUCCAGUGCCAAUGGUCCCACAUCGGGGGAUUCCUCCACCCUCGCACCACAGCGCCGUAUCGCAUUCCAAGUGAUGCUUUCUGGUUGGUGCUGGCAGCUAACUUGGUCUAUGCAGCAACUCCAGUCCUUGUGGCCCUGCGGGUCUACAGCAACCCCUAUUUCUUCCUAAAAAUUGCUCCCUUCCCUGGGCAAACAGGUUUACCAAUCAGCGAAGAGAAAGACACCAAGUAUAAACUGAAAUGAUCAUUUUUAAUCUUCUCUGACCUUUGGAGGUAAUUACUUAUCUGAUGAUUCAUGAAGAACUGUUUUCUUUGAAAGACCAUGUUUCAAAAUGCCAAAAUACAACUUAUUUUGCUGAAUGUC